AGUUACGCUGGACUUAAGAAAGCUUCCCGUUGUGUGAUCGUAGCUGUUUUCAGGAAACCACCCAGUCUGUCCACCACUGGGUAUCCCUGCUGAAGCCUGAAGAGAUAGCAUACAACAUAUCCCCAGGCCUCAAGGAGAACUGCUCCCAUCACACUUUGAUUUACCUUUCUGCGGACUCCGGGACUCCCCCAACAUGAAUCUAAUGUUUCUAUGUACAGGCCUACUAUUCGGAUGGUCCCACGGGGUGUUUGGAAAAGCUCCUGCAGAUAAAGGGCCGAAGGGGAAGUUCAGCGUGCCCGUACUGGACGUCAAAGAUGAUCAGCUGAUCCUGCCAGCCAAUCACACGCUGCGGCUGAACUGCAGGGGCCGCGGGGAGCUAGCGUGGCUCCUCCCCGAGGGGGCGCAGGGGCGCGUGCGGCUGGAGGCGUCGCGCUGCGGGCGGACGGGCCAGCACCACUGCAGCCGCCUGACGCUGAGCCCCGCCCUGCUGCAGGACACCGGCGCCUACCGCUGCCGCUACCGCAACCGCACCCGCCGCCACAGCACCAUCUACGUCUACGUCACAGAUAGCCGGCAGCCAUUUGUAAAAGGCCUGGGUGGCCCGGACGUGCUCUUCAUGACGGUGGGCCGGCCCCUGCUCAUCCCCUGUCGUGUCACCCACCCCAACGUCACCGUCGCUUUAGCCAAGUACGGUGAGCAGAAGCAGGUGAGGCCCGACCAGACCAACAUCCUGUGGAACAGCCGGCGGGGGUUCACCAUCCGCCGGCCCACCUACUACUACAUCGGCCUCUUCUACUGCCAGGCCCUGGUGGAAGGCGUGGCCCACUUAUCCUACCGAUACUUUAUCUACAGACCAGUGUCCAACAUCAAGGAGGCCUACCUGAACACCAGCGGCCCUGUGAAGGCCCUGAAGGGAGAGCGCUUCGUCCUGAACUGCACCGCCAUCGGAGAGCUCAACACCAGGGUCAACAUCACCUGGGAGUACCCGGGCAUGAACAACAGCAGCAGUUCCAUCAGGAAGCGCAUCGUGAAGUACCAGGACUACGUGCUGUUCUACAGUCUGCUGACCCUGCCGCGGCUGAAGAGGUCCGACAGGGGGCGCUACACCUGCAGGGUCAGCAGCGGCACCAAGGCUAAGCGGCCCACCGUCAGCCUCAUGGUCUACGAUCGACCGUUCAUCCGCCUGAAGGCCAGGAAUGGCUCGGUCCUGCAGGCCAACGUCGGGCAGAAGUCCUAUCGCCUCACCCCCAAACUCCGAGCCUUCCCCCCCCCUCAGUUCAUAUGGUUGAAGGACGGGAUGGUCGCGGCCGAGCGCUGCUCCCGUUACCGUGUCAACCAGAGUUCCCUGGUGAUCCGGGACGUGGCAGAGGAGGAUGCUGGGGAAUACACCCUUCUGGUGGGGAACCAGGAGCACGGCCUGUUCCGGAACCUCACGCUCACACUAGUGGUGAACGUGAGGCCUCAGAUAGCGGAGAAGGCGGUGACAUCACUGGACCCCGCCCCCGUCCCACGCGGGAGCAGGCAAGCCCUGCACUGUACGUCCAAGGGAGUCCCCUCGCCCCACGUCCAGUGGCAGUGGCACCCCUGCCCUGCGGACGGCCUGUGUGUAUGUCCGCCGAGGUCCUCUCUGUGGACCCCCGUGGGAGUGAGUGUCCCCAGCACAUCCACCCAGAAGAACAUGUUCCUGCGCGUCACACACAGACAGGAAGUGCUCCAAGGGAAGAACCGGACAGUAGGGGUGCUGACAGUGGCUGAGGCGUUCGUCUCUGGAGUGUUUCGCUGUGUCGCCUUGAACGCUGUGGGCUCGGACACGCUGGACUUCCCCUUCUAUGUGACAGAUGUCCCAGGGGGCUUCAGUGUGAAACAGGGCGAGGAGCCUAGAGAGGGCGGAGACCUCACGCUCACCUGCACGGCCAACAAGUAUCUGUACGUGGCGUUGUCAUGGCACCGCCUGAGUGACGCUCUGAGUGGCCACUCGCAGCAGAGCCCCGCCCUGAGCGGAAGCGCGCUCACGUCCGGCGAGUUCUCCCGCUCUCUGACCUUGUCGCUCAGCAACCUGACGGCUGGCGACUCAGGACGCUACGGAUGCACCGCCCGUCACCUGGCCACCGGGCGGAGGACGCAGCUGGUGACGCAAGUGGUGGUCGCAGUCCUGCAGCCUCCAUUGCUGCUCCAGAACCUGACAGACUACAGGGUCAACACCAGCAGCUCCGUGACCCUCAGCUGCCCCACCCGUGGCGUUCCACCCCCAAUCUUGACCUGGUACAAAAACAAACGCAACCUUGCACAGGGAUCAGGUAUUGUAAUGAUACCAGAAGUCGGGUCUUUACACAUUGAUCGAAUCACAACGGAGGACCAAGGCCUGUACACAUGCCGGGCAACCAAUGAGAGGGGAUCCGCCGAGAGUUCUGCCUACAUAUGGGUCAACAGCACCUUGGAGGCGUCAUCGCUGGAGAUCCCCACUCUCACGUGUAUCUGCGUGGUGGCCACCAUACUCUGGCUGAUGAUCACACUCUUCAUACGCAAGCUCAGACAGCCAAGACCAUCCGCUACUAAACCAGAGUAUCUGUCAAUCAUCCUGGGCACGGGAGGGGGACCAAUGGAGGAGCAGAGUGAGAGGCUGCAGUACGACCCCAGCCGAUGGGAGUUCCCCAGGGAGCAUCUCAAGCUAGAGAAGCCUCUGGGUCGGGGGGCCUUUGGGAAGGUCAUGCAGGCCUCAGCGUUCGGCAUGGACAACUCCUCCAGCUGCACCACCGUCGCCGUCAAGAUGCUCAAAGAGGGCGCUACAGACAGCGAACACAAAGCUCUAAUUACCGAACUCAAGAUCCUGAGCCUCAUAGGACAUCACCUGAACGUGGUCAACCUACUGGGGGCCUGCACCAACCCCACAGGCCCACUGAUGGUCAUUGUGGAGUACUGCCACUUUGGAAAUCUCUCAGCCUACCUUAAGAGCAAGAGAGACCAGUUUGAGCAACACUGGCCUGGACGCCCCAGCCGGCCUGCCCUCCUCCCAAAGGACCAGGCCGGGCCCGGGGCAGGGCAGGGGCCAGGCGCUGGCCCCGGGGCCCGGAGCAGAGGCUCAUCUUCAGGGCCGGGAAAGCAGCCUGACCAGGAGUGCUGCAGCUCUCCCCUGCUGCUGGAGGACCUCAUCUCCUUCAGCUUCCAGGUGGCCCGUGGCAUGGAAUUCCUCUCCUCCCGCAAGUGUAUCCACAGAGACCUAGCGGCCAGGAACGUCCUGCUGUCGGAGGACCAGGUGGUGAAGAUCUGUGACUUCGGCCUGGCCCGGGAACUCUACCGAGACCCCCAUUACGUCCGCACGGGGGACGCGCGCCUCCCUCUUAAGUGGAUGUCCCCUGAGGCCAUCUUCGACAAAGUGUUCACCGCCCAGAGCGACGUGUGGUCCUACGGGGUCCUGCUGUGGGAGAUCUUCUCUCUGGGAGCGGCUCCGUACCCCGGUCUCCACAUCGAUGAGGAGUUCUGCCACCGGCUGAAGGCGGGGACGCGCAUGCGGGCGCCAGACUACAGCACCCCUGACAUUUACAGCACCAUGCUGACAUGCUGGGAGGCUAACCCAACAGACCGACCAACAUUCACAGACCUAGUGGGAACACUUGGAGACCUGCUACAGCUAAGGGCUCAGGAGGACGGUAAGGACUACAUUCCCCUCGGGAGCUUCGCCCGUGGAGACGGGGUCGUCAGCCAGGCGGAGAGGCUUCUGACCAACCAGCCGCUACACGCAGUCACCAACCUCAGUUACAUGAGGAAUAUGGCGCUGCUUCAGACCUUCGAAGAGCUACCUUACAAGGAACCAACCAGUCCUGAUGAGGAGCAGGGGGACAGCGGCAUGGUUCUCCCCUCAGAGGAGCUCCAAAGUCUGGCUUGGAGCCCCGUGAAGAGCCAGGAACACAGCAGGUUCUUCACCUACUCCAAGUUCCCAGGGCGUCGGGUGCCAGGGGACCCGAGACGUGACAUCACGGGUCGCCAUGACAAUGAGCCAUCAGUCCUGCCGUGCGAUAGGGCGCCUGAGGAGGAAGCGGAGGAGGAAGAGGAGAAGGAGAUGGAGGGCGACCCUCCACCAGACUACCACUCGGUGUUCCUCUACCCUUCUGCCUAGCAUCCCCAGGUGUCUGAAGGAGGUCCUCAGCCUUGUUAAAACACGUCUUCUCUUCAAACUCUUCACAUCGAUACCUUCCUUUCAAUUUAGCGCCGCUGCAGUGAAAUUGAAAUGUAAAAAGUGAAAAUUGAAAUAAGUGGAUGUAAUCUUUUGUUUGGUCUAUUGUUCCCUAUAUUAUACGAUUCUGUUUUUAUGUAACACCAUGUUCAAACUUUUAUUUUAUUACAUAGUAUCUUAGUUGUUUUUUUUGCGUUUCUUUGCCUACCUCAUUAUCUACCCUCUUAAAGUUCCUACACAAAAUGUAAAAAGAAAAGACUUUUCAAUUUGUAAAACCUUGACAUAAAAAGAAAGUCUAUGGUAGAAAAUCACAAAGCUUUGAGGUGCUCAAAUGCUAGCGCAUUAUAUUUACACUGAACUUUAUCCUGAUGCUACAACAAGGCACUCAACCAACCCUUUCCAAGAGCAGCCAAUAGACUACCGUACUGUACUUAGCGUGUUUCACUGGACACUACAGAGCACCACAUUAUUGCUAUAUAGCACUCUUUAUUUAGCACACCAAUUCCUGGACUAGCUACUUCUUGUUAUUUAGCAGACUUUUAUGCUAGUGUUAUAUUUACUUCACUGGUACCUAUACUACUUAAGUGGUUUGUUUGAAAUAGUUUGUAGGCUUCAUCUAUAUCCAUAUGCUGGAAGAAAUUAAAUUCUACAUAAAAUAUAUGUAGGAGAGUUAGUUAUGAAUACAAAACAUAAAUGUUUUGUACACAUGAAUGCAUUUUAAUAUGCAAUGUUCAGUUGAGUUAUUAAUUAAAUGGACAAAUACACAGUAUAAUAAAAUCUGUGUUCAGCAUUUGAUUGAGUGUUAUGUUUUUGUGCAUGAAACAGCCCUCUAACUUCAGACAUCUACCUGGGGGCCUCCUCCAGGCUCCUUGAGGACGGCCAUAGAAUCAUCCUGCUCACUUUAUUCUGGACUUCAAUUCUCUGUUCUCCAAACCAAAUAUCACUCAUUUACCUCACACAAGAACCAUUUCCUUAGCGAUUACA